AUGUUGACUUCGUUGAACUCAAGCGACGGUGUCGUCAUUGUAGGUGCCGGCAUCAUUGGCCUCAAUGCCGCCUUGGUUCUCGCGAAAAAAGGCUAUGGCCAAUCGAUCACCGUUGUUGCAGAGUAUUUUCCCGGAGAUACGAGUAGCAGCUAUACAUCCCCAUGGUGGGCAAAUCCCCAAACUCGAUACUGCCUCAAGGCGGUUCUGCUAACUAGAAUCAGGGCUGGCUGUAACUUCUCCGCCAUUUCCGGUACAGAUGCCAACGCGCUUCGAUGGGAUCGUCUCGGGUAUGAGCAUCUCUCAGAGCUUGCCGACAAGUCACCUCAGGAAGCCUAUGUGCACUGGACUCCGUCCACAGAGUUAUGGGACCAGCAAGUCCCCCGUGACAAGAUUCAGCACAUGUCAGAGUAUCUGAAAGACUUCCGGGUCUUAGAUGAAAGUGAGCUUCCAGAAGGCGUUCAAUUUGCCGCGUCUUUUACCACACUCACGGUGAAUGCCCCCCAGCACAUCAAGUAUCUUCAGCAGAGGCUACAAAACGAGUAUGGUGUUCGAUUUGUGCGCCACAAGCUUCUAAGCAUUGAAGCCGCCUACGGUCCAUCUACCAAAGUCGUUUUCAACUGCACCGGGCUCGCUUCUGCCACGCUGUUGGGUGUCGCCGAUCCAAAAUGCUACCCUACAAGCGGUCAGGUGGUGCUGGUUAGAGGCCCGCAUAUUCACACAAACAUGAUGCGACACGGUCUACAUUAUGAGACCUAUGUGAUUCCCCGCCCAGGGUCAAAUGGAAAUGCUAUUCUAGGCGGGUACAUGCAGAAAGGCGUCAGUGAUGGCUCGACGUACGCCUUGGAGACACAAUCCAUCUUGGCGCGCGCGCGAGACCUAAGCCCAGAGGUUCGUCUUCAAGAGCCUGAGGUCUUGGCCGUCUUUUCAGGACUUCGCCCUUCUCGUGAAGGCGGGGCUCGUGUGGAGAGAGAAGAAGUCAUGGUCAAUGGACAAAGCCGCGUGCUGGUACAUAACUAUGGUGCGGGCGGCACUGGAUUCCAGGCUGGCUAUGGCAUGGCUCUUGAAUCUGUAGCUGCCGUAGAGGAUGUACUUGGUGGUAUUGGGGACAAAAGUCUGCACCCACGUCUUUAG